ACUGAGAUUGGCUCUGAAUUCUUGAACCUCUGCCUCUGCUUCUCAAAAACUGGAAUUACAGGCCUGAGCCACCACAAUGGCAGGCUAGUCAGGCCCUCAGGAUGGUCUGUGUGUGGGGUGUCUCUCUCCAGACACUUCUCCUCCAUCCUAAACCUCUCCAAAACCUCCUUAGGGGCCAUAGGAGUGGGGCGCAUGGGUUAGGGACCUUCUUUCAGGGCUCUUUCUUCGGGAUUCCUAGAUCCUAACUACUGUUCUUGCCUCCCGCAGACUUCUGCACAGUGCUCUGGUGGACAACUGGUAGGACAUAGCAGUGGCAUCUCUGCCGCGGGCGGCGGGCAGCCCAUGGAGCCCGGGCUGCUGCGGCCAGCGCCGGUGAGCGAGGUCAUCGUCCUUCAUUACAACUACACCGGCAAGCUCCGCGGGGCGCGCUACCAGCCCGGCGCGGGCCUGCGUGCCGAUGCUGCAGUGUGCCUGGCCGUGUGCGCCUUCAUCGUGCUGGAGAACCUGGCGGUGCUCUUGGUGCUGGGCCGCCACCCUCGCUUCCACGCGCCCAUGUUCCUGCUCCUGGGUAGCCUCACCCUGUCGGACCUGCUGGCCGGAGCGGCCUAUGCCACCAACAUCCUGCUGUCGGGGCCACUCACACUGCGGCUGUCGCCCGCGCUCUGGUUCGCGCGAGAAGGGGGCGUCUUCGUGGCGCUCACCGCAUCGGUGCUGAGCCUUCUGGCUAUUGCUCUGGAACGCCACCUCACUAUGGCCCGCCGUGGACCCGCUCCCGCUGCCAGUCGCGCUCGCACCCUAGCGCUGGCGGUGGCCGCCUGGGGCGCGUCGCUGCUGCUCGGGCUGCUGCCGGCCCUGGGGUGGAACUGCUUGGGACGCCUGGAAGCCUGUUCCACGGUGCUACCGCUGUAUGCCAAGGCCUACGUGCUCUUUUGCGUGCUGGCCUUUCUGGGCAUCCUGGCUGCCAUCUGUGCGCUCUAUGCAAGGAUUUACUGUCAGGUGCGGGCCAAUGCGCGUCGGCUGCGGGCGCGGACCGGGUCCCGCAGGGCCAUUUCGUCCUCGCGAUCGCGGCACACCCCGAGGUCCCUGGCCCUGCUCCGCACGCUCAGCGUAGUGCUCCUGGCUUUCGUGGCCUGCUGGGGACCUCUGUUUCUCUUGCUAUUGCUGGAUGUCGCGUGCCCAGCCCGCGCGUGUCCCGUACUCCUGCAGGCCGACCCUUUCCUAGGUCUAGCCAUGGCUAACUCGCUGCUGAAUCCCAUUAUCUACACGUUCACUAACCGAGACCUGCGCCACGGGCUCCUGCGGCUGCUCUGCUGUGGUCGGGGACCCUGCAACCAAGGCUCCUCCAACAGCUUGCAGCGAUCCCCCAGUGCUGCUGAGCCUUCGGUUGGUGGCCUGCCACGCUGCCUGCCACCAAGCCUGGAUCGCAGCUCCAGCCCGUCUGAGCACUCAUCUCCCCAGCCAGACAGGGUGGACACCAGCUGUUCCACCGGCAGUCCGAGUGCAGCAACCGCCAACCGGACCCUAGUGCCUGUGGCUACCGACUGAAACUUUCCAGCCUGCUGUCGCCCUUCACAAGAGCAGACCGAUUCUCCAAAGAAGCGCGGCAUCAGUAGGAAGUAGCCUAUGAUGGCGGGGAAGGGAAAGAAGGAACGGAAAUGGAUGGACUGUCCCAUGACAGGAACA